AUGUCGCUCGCGAUCCCAACAAACCUCUCCAAAUCCAUCUCAACCCCCAAGUUCGCCUCCCAAUCCGCCGGAAAGUCUCGUAACAACGCCGCCGCCGCCGUCGUGGUAUGCCGAGCGAGCUCCGAGGAACCCUCCUCCGCAGCCACCACCUCAUCCUCCCAGCUGAAGGCCUUCUCCGCUGCGCUCGCCUUGUCGUCGAUCGUCCUCUCCGCGCCGGUGUUGCCGGCGUCCGCCGACAUCUCUGGGCUGACGCCGUGCAAGGAAUCGAAGCAGUUCGCCAAGCGCGAGAAGCAGGAGAUUAAGAAGCUGGAGUCGUCGCUCAAGCUCUACGCACCCGACAGCGCCCCUGCCCUCGCCAUCCAAGCCACCAUCGAGAAGACCAAGCGCAGGUUUGACAACUAUGGCAAAGUGGGACUACUGUGCGGUUCAGACGGUCUUCCUCACCUGAUCGUGAGCGGGGAUCAGAGGCACUGGGGUGAGUUCAUAACUCCGGGCAUAUUGUUCUUGUACAUUGCCGGUUGGAUCGGGUGGGUUGGCCGGAGCUACUUGAUUGCCAUUAGAGAUGAGAAGAAGCCCACAAUGAAGGAGAUCAUAAUCGACGUGCCACUGGCCAAUAAGCUCGUCUGGAGAGGCUUCAGCUGGCCAGUUGCUGCCUACAGAGAGUACUUGAAUGGGGAGCUUAUUGACCCCAAUGUCUAA